UGUAUACAUAAACAUAUACACACAUAUCUGCAGCAACCCGCACCUCCAAUGCGGACAGUACAGAUAGCAAUUGGUGAAUUCCUCAUUGCUUACUGCCUUCUUGGUCGACUGUGAACGAGGGGUUUCGAUAUUGAAAACGGCCGAGUCGAGAAAGGGGGAAAAUAAUCAUAAUAAUAUCGGCACGAAGAAAACACGAAACGACACAACAAAAAAUGGCCGACCCCGACAAUCUUCGUACAGCAUCGCUGUACAUCAAUAACCAAUUGAUGUCACGCGGAUUGCUACGUGAUGGCCACAAUAUCAACUUCGCGCACCCGGAAUCUGGCGAUGGAGGAUUACAAGCCACGAUGGGAAAGGUCAUGAGCGUCAUCAAUGACCUGAUUCUCAGACGCGACCGCGACGCAGAAAACCGCGAGUCCCUCUCCACGACCCUACGCACGCUACGCGCAGACUCCCAACGCCAGACCACGGAACUCACUCGACAAGCCGACCGUAUCUCCGACCUACAACGCAAGCUCGACGGCGCCGACGCCACCGAACGCGCACUCCGUUCCCAACUCAAAGCCGCCGAGCACACCGCGCAUAAGCUCAAAGAUGACGCAGCCAAGAGCAAGACGCUCUUGGUACAGGCGCGCGCGUCGUGCGCGACCGAGGUGAGGAAAAGAGACCGCCAGAUCGAUGGCUUGAAGAAGGCGGUUUCAGAUGCGAGUCGUGUACGUGGGGGUGGUAGGAGUAGGGAUGUGUUGAGCAUUACCGUCACAGGUGAAAUUGGAGGUGAUGAACGGGGAGGCCUACCAGCUGGUGCGACGGAAGCGGAGGGGUAUAGUCUGAGGUUAGAGACGAAUUCGUUUCUUACCGAACUAGCACGGGGUUUGAGCGAGGAGAACGAGGGCCUACUGGCGCUGGUCAAGAGGACGGUUGAUGGGCUGAGGGAUAUGAGUGGCCUUGAGCAUACGACGAAUGGUGUCGAGGCAAACUCCGAACACCAGUCUGAUGCCGGCGGCGCGGAUGUGCUGAUUUUGGCGCCGCAGAAGAGCGCAGAGGAGCUGGCAGGCGAGUUGGAGGGGAUCUUGGAGCAUCUUAGGACGAUACUUACGAACCCCUCCUUCGUGCCCAUCGAGGAGGUUGAGAUCCGCGAGGAGGCUAUCACCCGCCUGCGCGCCGGGCUCGAGACUAUGGAGUCUAGGUGGAAGGACGCCGUGCACAUGAUCGACAGCUGGCGCAAGCGCAUGGUUUCCAGUGGCAAGACGGUCGACAUUGAUGAUCUCCGCAUGGGCCUUAGGCUUAGCCCUGUUAAGGUCAGGGACGUGGCGGAGACGGCCGAUGUUGUACCGCUGUCCAUGAGGCUCUCUUGUGUUCAGGAGGAAGAAGAGGAGGGCGAAUACGACUACGACCAAUAUGAAAAUGAAGAGCAGCAAAAUAGCCCGAGAGGCCUAAGUAUGGUUAAAGAGGAGGACGAACAAUCGCCUCGACGACAUAGGUCUCCGAGCCCGGCUGAGUCACUACAUCUAGUCCCAGCGCCGGGAUAUGAAGAAGAGAACGAUGAUUUGGAUUUGGACUCAAGUAGCAUCUUCCAAGACGAUGACGAUAUCGAUAUAAACGAACUGGAGCAAGAGGAGCCGAACGUUCAAGUUCUCCAGGAAUCCACAUAUGGCGCAUCUCUAGACUCACCUCCGCUCCCGAUUCCGCCGCAGCUAAGCCCGCUCAAGGACUCGUACUCGUCGGGAAAUAAGGGUCCUACCAUGCGAGAGCCCGCGUACCGCAAACGACCCGGUGACUUUACCACUAUUAUUGAAGAAAACACAUGGGACCUAAUGGCGGAAGAAGAGGAGAAAGCACCUGUUCCGCCUCCUCAUGUGAUCAAGCCCCAGUCUCCUCUACAGAAGAAGGGGACAUCAGCAAGCAAAGGUUCUCCGCAAUGGCAGGACACUCGCCCCGGCUCAACUUCCUCGUAUGAUAGCCCGCUAUUCGGGAAAUCAGGCGAGAGACCCUCACAGACGGAUCCCUCUCGCAAGCUAUUCUCCAAGCCUACCGUGAACUUAGUACAGCAAAUGCAAUCGAAGUCUCAGCCGGAACCUGGAAGCACGAAUGGGCAGGGUCCCUUUAAGUCGUUAAGGAGACCUAAUUCGUCAAGGGACUCGCCGGAUCCAUUAGGAGCCGAGAUUAAGAGAACAAACUCGGACCCGGUUAGCCCAGCACCGCGACAGGAACCCUCGUCUUCGUCCAUCCGCAAGGCUGCUCCUAGUGCUAUUACCCUAUCUCCACGACCUACCUCUUCAUCUUCCUUAAAAUCUAUGGCCAAUAGCAUAAAGGAGCCACAAUCACCAUCGAUACCCCGGCCGCGCUCGCCUCUCCGGAGUAAUCAGCCUGUCAAUUCCCGCCUACCGCGUCCUAACAGCAAUGCCAACCCCCCGCCGCAAAGUCCCCUAACUAUGGCCACCAUCGCCGCAAAACUCGCCGCCUCGGAGCGUGAAGCGGACGCCGCUCGUGUAAGAGCCAAGCUUAGAGCUGUCCGUAGCGGUGGGACGAGACGCAACGGCGGUCUUUUGCCACCUGCGACUAUAACUUCCAACAGCAAUGCGAAUGGCUCACCUUCGGAAAGGCGAGCCGAGAGAUUGGAUAGGUCAAGCCCAAAACCUAGGGUUAAGGAAGAAGAUAGGGAAAAGGAGUCUAUGGACCCGGUAAAACGGGACAGGGAACCUCCUACCCCGAAGUCCGCUACCAGGGAGCGGGUUAGACAACAGAAGGUCGAAGACGAUAACGCCGUCGACGAGCUAGCAGGGUCGCUUGGCGCGGCAGAGCAACAACAGGACGUCGAACUAGGCAUGAAGGUGACGAAGCGAAGACGCGACCGUGGCGAGCGCCGCACGAGUAAAGUCGCGUCGCGCAGAAGAAGCACGCUAAGUCCCUGGGAGCUCGAGACGCUGAUCCAAGGGACGACGAACUGAACCCACAGCACGGAAGCUACCUACCUACCUAGACUAUUACCGGAGAUUAUACUCACUACAUUCACUCACUCACUACCUUUACUACUCCUAUC